GGAAGAUAUAUACCAAACCCGAACAUAUAUAUUGGUAAUGGGCUGGUUUUGGGGUACCUCGGACGGGAGCGAUCCCACCAAGCAGCUUGACCCAUCGCUAAAAGACUUUCUACAGCAAGAAACGCCCGUAAGAUAUGACCCUGCAACAGUCCAGCCUCAUUCACCCUCUUCAUCUCCAUCAGCACAACCACAAACCAAACAAUCCUCAUCCCAAUCGACAUCUGCCGACGAAUCCAUCCCUGCCGACAAACCUUCGGUCCCCUCUCUCUUUCCCGAUGGCCGGUAUGCACACCUUUGGAAGGACUAUCGACCCGUUGCGCAAGCGGAGACUCCCAUGUCACCAGGAGAAAAGGUGAUUGAACAAUUCAAAAAGCGAAAGGAUGUUUUGAACAAGGCGGCGCUAGAGAAUUGCGCAGAGGAACAGCUGGACUUGUCGUUAUGCUUCAAGUCUGGAACGGUGAAGGAACGAGCAACGAUGUGCAGCACGAAAAACGCAAAAUUCUCAAGAUGUUAUACAAUGCAAACUAAAUUCCUCCAAGCCCUGGGAUAUGCUUCGUCUUUCGAAUUCGAUCCGGAUAAAGAAGAACGAAUCCAGAUGCAUGCAGAUAAGUUAUAUCACCAAAUGUUAGACUAUGAGCAGCGAGUAGAGGAAGCCAAAGCCGCAGGCCACGGACCCCCACCUCCACAAGCUCUUUUCAAACAAAAUUUGCCAACUCCCUCUGCACCUUCACCUUCCCUUCCAGCCACCGCAACCGCUACAGCAACAGUAAAUCCUCAAUCUGCAAGCCCAGACCUCGAAAUUCCUGGGGGCGAAAACGUCCCCGCAGGCGUGAAAUUCAAAAAGCCGCUCAAGGACAUGACGCCGCAUGAACGGGAGUUAGAAUUGCAAGUGUUUCAUCAGGGGCGAGCGCAACAGAGCAUAUAUUUUGAGGAAGUCGGCCCGAUGUUACAAGCUGAGCAUCAAGCUCGCGACAAGCGACGGGAGAAGCUAAGUGGGUGGUUUGGUGAGACGAUUGGCAAGUUUCUUUCGUGA